AUGCUUUCUGAGGUCAUCUCAGCUGCAUAUGUGGCGCUGUGGAUCAGUUCGUGUGCCUCCUCCUCGGCUGAGGGUCCGUACAUGACCAGAGCUCUGCAGCUGAUGUCUGAGACCCCGCUCAUCGACGGCCAUAACGACCUGCCGUGGCAGCUCCGUAAGCAAUUUAACAACGAGCUCAACAAAGUGAAUCUUAACACUCUGGAAACGACACAAACCAACAUCCCAAAAAUCAAGGAGGGACGGCUGGGAGCCCAGUUCUGGUCGGCCUAUGUUCCCUGUGAGACUCAGUUCAAAGAUGCUGUCAGACAAACACUGGAGCAGAUAGAUGUGGUUCACAGGAUGUGCCAAAAAUACCCUGAAACCUUCAUGUUUGCCACCAGUAGCCAAGACAUCAUGGAGGCCUUCCGCAUGAACAAGACCGCCAGUCUGAUCGGGGUGGAGGGGGGUCACUCUCUGGACAGCAGUCUGGGCACCCUGCGCACCAUGUACCCUGGGGUCCGCUACCUCACACUCACACACUCCUGCAACACACCCUGGGCGGAUAACUGGCUUGUUGACACUGGAUCAGAGCCUUCUCAACAUAAUGGCCUGUCUCCAUUUGGCAAUCAACUGAUCAUGGAAAUGAACCGCCUGGGGAUGCUGAUCGACCUGGCUCAUGUGACUGAAGCAGUGAUGAACCAGGUGCUGGACAUGUCCAAAGCUCCCGUCAUCUUCAGCCAUUCCUCCGCCUACAGCAUCUGUCCACACAAGAGGAACGUCCCAGAUGAUGUUCUCAUUAGAGUGAGGGACAAAAAAGGAAUCGUCAUGGUGAACUUCUACAAUGACUAUGUGACCUGCAGCAAGACCGCGAACAUCUCAAAUGUUGCUGAUCACUUUGACCAUAUAAAGAAAGUGGCCGGGCCGGGCGCCGUUGGUUUUGGUGGAGAUUACGACGGGGUUUCAAGACUACCAGAGGGUCUGGAGGAUGUGUCCAAGGUGCCCAGAGUGGUGGCUGAACUGCUGAGGAGAGGAUGGACUAAUGAGGAGAUCAAAGCUGCUCUUGGAAACAACCUGCUCAGAGUCCUCAGCCAGGCUGAGAAGGUCCGUGACGAUCUCAAAGGCAAGAGUCCAGAUGAUGUUCCUAUUCCAUUUGAUGAGGUGAAGAGCUCGUGUAGGACAAGCUAUGGUUACCGCAACGCUGGAGCCGUCCACUCACUCGGCACACUGGCCCUCGCGCUCACUUUGGCUCUCCAGGCUCUUGUCACAGGAAUAGUUUCAUAA